CAGAGCCGCGCGUAGCCCCGCCGGAACUCCUCCAUGGCCGCGCCGCGCCCGGCCCGCGCGCUUCCGGUGGGCGGGAACGGCGGCGGCGGGAUGGAGCAGCGGGACGGCGGCGGGUUCCGGAAGGAGACGGUGGACCGGCUGCUCCGCCUCCACUUCCGCGACGGGAGGACCCGAGUUAACGGGGACGCGCAGCUGCUGAUGGCGGAAAUGCUGAAAGUGUUCGUCCGAGAGACGGCGGCGAGGGCGGCGCGGCAGGCGCAGGCCGAGGACCUGGAGAAGGUGGACGUGGAGCAUGUGGAGAAGGUGCUGCCCCAGCUGCUCCUCGACUUCUAGAGGCCUCAUGGAGCUCAGGCAGCUGCCAGCGGAAGAUCCUGAACUGUGAGCAAAUGCCUGGCUCAUCCUCAGUCCGGCUCUAGGAAGAACAGUCUCGACUCUUUAUUUCUCUGCCCUUUUGCUUCUGUUUCCCCUCUCCUGUACCACGCCAACAAAGCCCCAGGUAAUGUGCUGUUAGAGGCUGCCACGCGCUGGGUGCGUAACUGGUUUCCAUCCUGCUGCUUCGCCCCUUCAGCAGCCGCCCCCAGCACGGAGAGGUGCCGCUGCUUUCAUCCGAUGUGAGAAACAGGUGCCGCUUCAGAGACGCGUGGAAAGACUCAAUGGCUAGAAACGUCGUCCAAACUUCAGGCUCUCAUCACCUCAGCAGGCAGCUGUGGCAGAAACAUCAGGUCCAGCUCCAAGCCCGUCUAAUGAAUAGGUUGUUAACAGGAGCUCAGUCACAGGCUCUUGCCAAAAGCAGGUAACUGAUCUUUAUUUUAUAAAUAAACAGUGCCUGCCCCUCACUACCUUCCAGUAUUUCUCCAGGGCUGCGACAUCAAAGAACGCUUGGAACCUUUUAACCAUUUGAUAUUCGCCUCAGAAGCUGCUUCCCCUCUGCUAUAAAUUUGUUCUCACAAAGAAACAUCAAUAAAUUAAAACCGAGUCACCCUC